AUGAUGUCUGUUCAAAAUGAGACUGUUAUAACGGAUGAUAUUUCUUGUUCUUCUCGUCGUUCUACUUCAUACUGGUCUCGCCAUAAAAUAUCGUUAAAUGUGAUUCUUAAAACAAUUGGAUCUCUUUUUAUUCCAUUUCUUCUUGCUGUAUUCACUGUUGUUAUAACAUUUUCUCAACGAGACGAGGCUCGUACUCAACGUCAACAAGAUUUACUUCUAUCAAGAGAACAACGUCUUGAAGAUCAAGAAUCAGCAAGACUUCAGCGCAUGCAAGAAUGGAAUAUAUCUAUUGAGCAACGUGAACUUGAACGUGAAUCAGCAGCAAAGAUGAGAGCUUUGAAUAAUGAACAACGUUUACAUGAGUUGCAAAUUCAGUCGGAAAACCGUCAAGAUGCAUUGUUUGCUAAUUAUCUCACUGAAAUGGGUUCUUUUUUGUUACGCGAGACAAAUGGCUAUUCAUUAUCAAAUGAUCCAAAAAUGGCCUACCUUGUUCAAUCUAAAACUCUCCAUGUCAUUCGUCAAAUUGAUGUUGUUCGGAAACGGCAGCUCAUCGCAUUUUUGUAUGUCUCCGGUCAACUAUAUGUCAAUCGAGAUCCAAUCAAUUUAUUUGGUGCUGAUUUGAACAAUAUUGAUCUUCAAGGUCAUCCGAUCUUACUAAAUAUUUCAUUAGCUGGUACGUAUAUUAACAAUGCUUCAUUUAUUGGUCAAGAUUUGAGCCAUGCGGACUUGUCGCGUGCACAAAUCAAUGGAGGCAAUUUUGAUGGAGCCACUUGUCAACACAUUAAUUUUGAUUAUUCACAUUUAAAUCGAUCGACUUUUGUUGGAGCUAAUUGUGUUCAAGCAAGUUUUCGUCAUGCAUAUUUAUACGAAGCUAAUUUUCGUGAAACCAAAAUAAUGGAUACAAAUUUUGAUGAUGCUUAUCUUGUCAAUGUUGAUUUCUCUUAUUCAAAUUUGGCAAGCUCUUCAUUUAUUAGAACCAAUUUAGCAGGAGCAGUCGUAAAUAAAAUACUAAUUAAACAUACAAUGAAAUUUAUAAAAACUAAUUUAGCUGGGAUCAAUUUUACUCGUGUUAAGUUUUCCAAUGACAUUGGAUUCAACAUUUUAUUCGCUGAUGUUAAUCUUGUUAAUUCAUCCUUCAAAGGUGUUAAACUUGAAAAUGUUAAUUUUUAUUAUUGUAAUAUGACGAGCGUUGAUUUCUCAUCUUCCACUCUAUCUAGAAUCGCAUUUAAAGGAAGUACACUGGUAAAUGCUACAUUUAUGAACGCACGGAUGAGUACUGUUUUCCUAUCGUACACUAAUUUAACGUAUUCGAAUUUUUAUAAUGUUCGUUGUGCGAUACAUGGUUGCAUGUGGGAAAAGGCUCUUGUACUUCAGAAAACUAUUAUGCCAGAUGGAACGAUUAGUGAUCGUAUUACCGAAUCAUUUCUAGUCAAUGGUCAUGCGGAUUGUAAUAGAUCUAUUAAUGUCGGAUGGACGAAAUUCUCUUCAUCUGAUGCAAUUAUUGUUAGUCAACUUAAAAAUGACAGUAAAUGUCGUUUCGUUCCAGUUAAGCGUCUCACUGAUAUAGUCUCAUCAUUUUUUUCAUCUGAUACUAUGAGUCAAGAGAUAAAACUUGAGAUCUUCUAUUUACAACUAAUAAAAGAGAGUCGAGCUCUCGCACGCAUUCGCAUUCAAUGCGGAAAGGAUGUCAUCAUAUCAUUACAACAGUUUGAUCAUCCUUUUAAAAAGCAUGACAGCACGCAUGAAAGUCGACAAAACGCAUCAUUUUCAAAAGAUAAUUUCUACUCCGUUCAAAUUCCUUUGAAUAGAGUCAUAACACGUUUGAUUUUCACUAUUAAAUUUCCGCAGUAUGAUGGGUACAAAGAUAUUUGGUGUGAAUUCGUCGAAUUGGACAUAACUUCAUUGAUUCAUGCUCCACCGUAACAUUAAAACUGAUUGUUAAUAAAUUAUAUUAUUCUUUAAAACAGUCAUUUUUCAAUGCAGAAUAUAUUCGAUUAUUGUCUAUUUUGAAGGGUGUGGAUCUGAUGUGUACCACACAGACACCCUCAAGGUGUUUUUAUUUGCGUUUGUACAAUGAAUAAUAAUGAAUUCAAUUUCACUAUCUAUUCCCUUUUCUGAAAGAAAGGGUUGUAUCGCAGAUAAUAUGACGCCGAAAAAUAAAGUUUGUUUGUCUGUUCAAGCCAAUUAGAAAACAGUAUGAGCUGUACUACUGUGGGGGCAAUUGAAUUCCCUUCUUGAUAUUUUUUGUUUUUAUUUCUAUAGUUUUUUUAUUUAUUAAUCCACAAUAUAUAGCGAGCAAAUCCAGAACGUGCUGCAUCUUUUGAUAAGUUUAGGAUCUGAGCAUACCAAAAGAGGGUGUGGGUGUGGGUGUGGGUGUGGGUGUGGGG